AUGGACAUCGAUGAUCUAAUGAACAGUGCAAUGAAGUACUUUAAUUCGCUGGACAAGUUGCCCAAAUUAGUCCUAGUGCAGUUUCAGCCAGAAUAUCACCAGAGAAUGUUCAAGGUUUUCGUGUUUUUCGCCCUGCUGAGUGGGGUCCUAGCCGCCACGGUCAUUUACCAUCACCCGGUGAUCUAUCAUCAUCCACUGCCGGGUGCCAGUUCCACACAUCAGAAGUUGGAUCAACAUCCUGGCUACACCAUUGUGGCACCCCUCACCAAGAUUGCCCACGUCACCUACGAUUCCGUGCCCAUUUCGCACUCGCCCUACGAACAUGUUCCACUCUUUCAAAGGAUUGGUCAUGUUAAGAACAAGAAGCUUUAG